UCGAUGCUGGGAUACUGUCCUCAGGCCGGAGCGCUGCUAGAAAAGCUCAGCGCUUACGAGACGCUCUACCUGUUCGGUCGCCUCCGCGGAGUGCCCGAGGAUAAGUUGGCCGCGGUUGUAGAGAACAUGAUCAACAUCGUAGACCUCCGCGAGCAAGCAGCUAGGAUAUGCAGCUACUACAGCGGCGGUAACAAGCGUAAGCUGUCCACAGCCGUGGCGAUGAUAGGCUUCCCUGAAGUGGUGUUCUUGGACGAACCGUACGCCGGCGUCGACGUGCUAGCCCGGUCGCAUAUCUACCGGGGAUUCGACCGAAUUAAAAGUACCACAAAGAACACCAUGGUGCUCACGUCGCAUAGCAUGGAUGAAUGCGAGCUGGCCUGCGACCGACUGUGCAUCAUGGUCGGCGGCCAGAUGGCGUGUCUGGGAACGCUGCAGCACAUCAAGGACAGGUUCGGCAAGGGCUACAAGCUGCAGUUCCUACGACCCGAAAACGUAACCGUUGGACCGCAGGAGCUUGUCAAAGCCAUCGCCGAUGCUUUUCCGGGAGUUACGAUCGUUGAGGAGCAGUGGAAAUCCGUCGAGUGCCGCACGCAGGACAGGCUUCCAUGGAGCCAGUUGUUCAAGAAGAUCGCGGCCCUGGAAAAGAACUUUGCCUUCGAGCACGUUCUCGUGUCCGACGACACACUGGAGCAAAUCUUCAUCGCCUUCGUCCGGAAAGCGCAAAAGAACAAAACCUGCAGGGACGUAAUGCCAGCCGCGAACGUGAAGGCAGGUGCAAGUGCAAGUGCUACGGGCAUGCCGCAGGAAGCAGCAUUAUAAAUAUCUUCUCGAAUCUUUUCUUUAGGAAAAACGACCUCUUCAAGUCGUCUAUGAAUGUAAGAAUUUCAUCUUCUUGAAACAUAAUAAAUACUGAUUGAUUGAUUGA